AUGGAGGAACUGAAGAAGAAGAUGGAGGCUUUAGAGCAAGAGAAAAAGGACUUGCUCCAGAAACUCCAAACCAGCCAAAAAGAUCUGAAGGCUGUUUCCAAGGAAAAACAGUCCCUGAAAAUCUUGGUAGAAGACCUUCAGGCUGAGAGAGAGACUCUGAAUAGUACCAUGCAUGGUCUUUACAAGACCAUUGAGAAAACGGUUGCCGCGAACCUGGAACUGCAGGAUCAUGUGAGAGCUACUGCCGAGUCAUCAAAAGGUUGCUGUGAAAUUUUACAGAAAGCCAAGGAGGUGCUCUCGGAUAAGGGACCACGACCUCCAAAGGGCCAGGAAAUGAUGGCUUCACCAAUGGCUGACAUGGAUGAAAAGGUGAAGACAGUGACAGAAGAAGAAGCCCACCAAAUAACUGUGAAGGAAGACUGGCUGGUAAUUGAAAACAAGAGACUAAAGGCAAAUCUUCAAGAAGUAAUGAUGGAAAACUCCUACCACAGAAGAAGGGUGAUGGACUUCUGGCAAACUAUCUUCAGCCUGAGGAUGGAGAAUGACCAUCUUCGGCAAUUGUUGAUUACCUUUACUGAGAAGAUGGUGUUAAGUAAACUGCCCAUAAUGGAGAAGAAAAGGGACAAUAUCUCCCUCCUGGCUCUGAACUUGAAGGGGGAUCUGGAGAUCAUGAAAACCGUGGGCGCUAAAGGACUUGCUGGCCUCCCUCUCGUUCAGACGGCCACCGUUCUCAAACUUCAAGUGUACUUUGAGCAGGCGACUGAGGAGCUGUACUCCGUGCUGAUUGAUAUUGAGUACUACUUCUCCGAAUGGUACCGGGAGUAUAAAGACUACUAUAUCAGCAUCUCCAAGUUCACCACGAAUCUGUUGGGCGAAAACCUGAAGCAACUCAAGCUGCUGAUUGAGAUUCAGAGCCUGAAGAAAUCGGAACGCUACGGGAGCGAAUUCAAGCAGCUGGACAUCCCUGUCCUGAGACAGAAGUUGGAUAUCUUCCUGGAGAAUAUUUCCCAAGAUCUAUGCAGUCUGGAAGAACAACUCCUGGAAAUCGAAUCCAAGGCUCAGCAACUGGAAAAUAACAAAGAAGGGAAGAAAUACAUGGAAAAAUGCUCCGCUUUAUUCUCCAUCCAGGACUUUGAGAAGGGACUUAGAAAUGACAUUAAAAGACUCCAUAAUGUUCUAGAAGUCCUGAAGCCAAAAUUGAAGUAUCUUGCCAAUGCCAGGCGGGAGGUGGCAGCCAAACACCUCUCCUACUUCAAGGAAGCAGAGGCGGCCAUGAAAUCCUGCGAGGAGCGAUCGAAACAAUGGCGGAAGGACCUGAAGGUGCUCGAAGAACAGAUGGACACGAGAGGCCCCCAGGACUUGGAGGGAGCCAAGAAACUUGGAGGAAACCUAAGCUUAAUAGAAAAGCAAAUGACGGACCACCUGGAUGAAGCAGCCAAGAUUGAGAAGGAAGAACUCAAAGGCCUCAUGUCACAUCUUGCAAAAACCAACCUGUCAAAACAGGAGACAUAAAAAAAAGAAGACAUGGCAGAUAAUGAAGGCGAUUCUAUUCCACAAGGAGCCGACUUCGCUCAUUAUGUAUUUUUCUAAGAAUAAUUGUUAUGUAUUGUA